CUUCCGGAUGGUCUGAAAACAAGACGGGAAAUCCAGAGAUUUUGUCUUCAAAAUAAGUCAAAGUCAAAUUAACGACCCACAAAAAACUUCAACACAUUCGUUGUUGAGGUUUUUAUUUUGAAGGUGAUAGCCGGAAGAGAUUUUUGUUUCUAUCCUUGUGGCGAAAGUGGAGACACGCUGGCUCAAACUGCGAGGUGGCUUACUUCCCCUGCAUGUCAGAGUGAGCUGCUCCACAUCUCUGGUGGUGUUUGGGGUGUGUCGUGAUGGAUCUGCCGUGCCUGCAGUGGCAACAUCACGUCGCACAGAAAUGGACGCUGCUCGACCCUGAGCUCAAACAGUAUUUUACUUCCCUGCUUGGAGUAGAUGAUGUUUUCAAGUGUGCCCUAAGUCACACAACCCAAGAGGACCUGGACUUUCUGCAGAGCAUAUCAGAGGGAUGCAAAAGACAGAAGGAUGCAGAGGAAGCCGCUAGAUGUAGAGAGAGGGGAAACUCCAGCUUCAAGAGCAGAAAAUACACUGCAGCUGCCCUGCACUACUCACAGGGUGUUUGUUUUGCUCCCCAAAGUUCAGAGCAGCUGUCUCUCUGCUAUGCCAACCGUUCUGCCGCCCUCUACCAUCUGCAGCGCUACCAGGAGUGCCUUGAUGACAUUGACAGGGCCCUGAAACAUGGCUACCCCCCUCAUCUGCAACACAAAUUACAGGACCGCUCUGCACAAUGCCUCCACCACCUCUCCAUGUGUCAAAAGGGAAAACUAGAUCGUCACCAACCCGCCACGAGGAAUCACAAAGGGCUCGACAGAGUAGAAAGGCCAACUGUAAAACCUAUCAAGAAGUGUGUUUAUAAUGGCACCGGUCCCAUUGACUGCAUUUCUCCUCAAGUUGCUGUAGGCUACAGCCUAGAGAAAGGACGACACUUGGUGGUUACAGACAGAAUAGCAGCUGGGGAGGUGAUCCUGAAAGAUAGGCCAUACAGCUGUAUCCUUAUACCAGGGAAGGAGGAAGCAAAAGGGAAAGAAAGAGGGCAAGACACCUUGUUUGGGACAGAAGACAGGCAUUGUCAUAGAUGUUUGAGUGAAACUGUUUGUCCCGUACCAUGUGAGGGAUGCAGUUACAGCUGUUACUGUUCAAAUGAGUGUCAGCAAGCGGCCUGGGAAGAGCAUCACCGCUGGGAGUGUCCGCUCGGAGCAGAUCUGGUGCAGAUGGGUGUCAUGUCACAGCUGGCUCUGAGGGUGACACUAAAGGCAGGAUUUAAAAAUGUCCAAAUGGCAAGGGGGGCCAUUAGAGACAAGGAUAGUGCUUCUAAACCAAUCACUGAGCCCAGGCCAACCAUUUUAAACAAUGACUCUGAGUCCAAUAAUUCCUUUUCAUUACAUACAAACGCAGCCGAGCCUUGCGCCUUGUACUACGGUGACUCAUACCUCAGCGUCUACCACUUACUGCACCACUUGAGUCGCCACAGCCCUAGUCUGCGUUUCCUGUGUGCAGUUACCGUAGCAACACUCUACCUGAAGCUUAGCAGGGCAGGGCUUCCACCUGCCUCUUGGGACCUCAGGGGAUCCUCGGGGGUAGACAGCCAAUCACAGAGCUCAGAUGACGAGAGUGAAACUGCAGAUUGGAGCCCAGGGCAUUGGCUGCUGGGAAGUGUAGUUCUGAGGCACAUGCUGCAGCUGAGAUGUAACGCCCAGGCAGUCACCAUGUUCCAAGAUACAGGAGUGACAGACUCAGCAGUGCAGUCCAACCGGGAAAUACGCAUCGCCACAGCAAUAUUCCCAACCCUUAGUCUUCUGAAUCACUCCUGUUGUCCCAACACCAGUCUGGUGUUCAGCACUGGAGCCAAUACUGAUCCAUCUGAACCUGAUCAGUCUGACUUUGAUGAGGAUGUAGCCCGUGGUGUCGUGGUUACAGUCAGAGCAGCCAAAGAUAUCACUCAUGGACAAGAGGUCCUGCAUUGUUAUGGUCCCCACAGCAGUAGAAUGGCGAUCCGUAAACGCCAAUGUCUCCUGCAGCAGCAGUACUAUUUCCUGUGUGAGUGUGAGGCCUGCUGUCUGCAGCUGCAGGAGGAGGAGGAGGAGGAGGAGGAGGAGGAGGAGGGGACAGAGGGCAGUUGGCAGGUGCCAGUAAUAGGAGCAAGUCAAAAUCACUCUGGACUCCAGUGUGGGAAGUGCAAUGGCCCUCUCAAAAAAUGCAGUAAGGACACAGGAACAGGAUUUAUAUGCCCUCAGUCAUCUUGCGGUCAGCGUAUAUCUUACACAGAUGUGAGCCGCAGAUUACAGGAGGUCAGCGACCACCUUCAGAGGGCCGUGGAGCUCAUGGAGAGAGACAAGCCAGACAAGGCUCUGCUGCUGUUGCAAAGAGCAAUGUCUCAAUCUGGACUCAUCCUCUCAGAGAUUCAUCCACUACAGGGGGAACUGGCAGAUGCCAUGGCCAGAGCAUACGCAGCAAUGGGUGACUGGAACAGUGCAGCCUCCGAGCUGGAGCGUAGUGCUGUUGCCAUUGGGUCCCAGUACGGAGAAGACAGUAUUGAACUGGGCCGACAGCUCUUUAAAUUGGCACAGCUACACUUCAAUGGUGGAGCGGUAGGACCGGCUCUUUGUGUCAUUCCCAAGGUCAGACGACUCCUCUCUCUUCACUGUGGCUCAGACUGCCCUGAGCUAAAUGAGCUACAAGCCAUGGAGGACUGCCUACGAGGGUGAAUUAUAGUUUUGAUAAUGUGUGUAAAGGUUUGUAGUAGUUACAUAAAUUAAGUUAAAUCUAACCAUUUGUAAAGACUGUGGACCCUGGACUUUUGAAUAUGUUUUUGCUUCCCAUGUGUGUAUUAUUGUAUGUAUACCUGUGUUUAUAUACAACAAUUUGUACACUGAUGUGCAGUGUACAUUUACUGUUGUAGAGUUAACAGUCAGUUCCAUACUGCCAGCAAACGGCCACAGGUAUACAUAUAUCAAAGCUCCCUGACCUCUUGGUGUCAGAAUUUAUCCAUCAAUAAAUUCAAUUUCAUGCUUGAAUGUUAUUGCUGCACCAAGUGAGGCCAUUGUGCAGCUUCGCCGCCCUCUACUUCCAAAUUACUUCUCUAAAUGUUAUUGAAUAAAAUAUGUGCAUUUGU